CACACUUCUGCCUUUGGAAAGGAGAUAUUUGACAUGUUAUUGAAAAGAAGCCCUUGGUUACUGGACACUGUCAGCAACAUAUUAACCUGAUUGACUUAUCAUUUGAUACAAGGAAAGAGAGAGGAGAAUAAUCGAGCUGGUUUUACACGUCUCCAGCUGUUAAACCUUCUCUCCAGCGACCAUUCAGAAUGUCAGAAACACAGAAAAGACGUCCUAUUAUUGCUGGCCGAGAAAAAGGACCCGGACCAGCUCGAUACGCCCUCCCAACGACUGUCGGCCUCAUCGGUCAUGACUUCACUAAACCAUCAAGUCCUGCCUAUUCCUUCCACAGCAGAAUGAGCAACAGCAUGUAUUUCAUUGACUCCAGUCCCGGCCCCCAGUAUCAAGUUGAUGCAAAAACAACGCGCUUUGGGAGGGAGAGCGCCCCUGCAUUCACCAUCCUGGGUAGGCGGAGGGCGUCCGCUGGGACUCUCCAGACGCCAGGGCCAGGUACCUACAGUCCUGAGAGAGCGCCCCCUGUCAACAAUCACCGAAGGCCUCCAUCUUACACCAUGGGGUCACGCACACGUUACCGCUCCAUAGACAGUGUACCGGCGCCCAACCAGUACACACUUCCGGCGCUCAUGGGCUCCCAGGUGCUUGAGAAGCCAAGCAGUGCCAGGUACAGCGUCGCCGGCCGCUGCAGGUCCGGGGGAGCAUCUGAAGACUUUGCUAGGACUCCGGGACCUGGCAGGUACAAUAGCACAGACCCCAGUGUGUACCUGCCAAGGCAGCCUGCUUACUCCAUGCUGGGCCGUCACAGCAGCCCUGGCAGCACUGCCCAGAGACCUGGGCCUGGAACGUACAGCCCAGAAAGGGUUCUGGCACACAAGCCCCGCCCCCCUUCCUAUUCUCUAGGUAUGAGGCACUCAGAGUUUGUCACUCCCCUGGUUGUGGGUAUGCUGGACUGAACACCUAUAUCCCAGCUACAGCUUACAUACAAAUGGACAAAUCUGGAUGAAAUGCAAUUGCUAAACUGUACUCUUGUGCAGUUUUUCAUUUUCCUGUUCUUUCACUUGUUGAAGUAACUCAUUUCUGCCCGAAAUGUGUUUAAAAUAAUUUAAGGAACUACAUCAUAAGUGGGAAUAUUAGCACCUUAUUAAUUUUUUUUUUAACUUGCUGCCCUUAUUUUCUACAACACAGGCAAGUUCCCCAAUAGGGCUACAUGUAUUAUAAAAUGCAAAGUAUGGCACAAAUAUGACAGAUUUCUUUUUAAAAUUAAGUGUUGCAUUGUGUAUCACUCCAAA